CAAGAUGCUGGAGCAGAGGGACGUGGCAAUUGCUGGCCCUGUCGUCGUGCAGCUGUCUGAGAAGCUGCAGCCGCUCUUUGACAACGAGUCCGCCUCCAUCAAAGUUCUCUCCUUCCAACUCUUCCGGGACGUGAUGGAGCUUUUAGUGGCAGUGGACAGGAAGGCAACAAAGAGACAGGUGCGCCGGAACCUGCUGCCGCUGCUCUUCCACGUCUAUGAUGAGAACCAGCCUGUGGCAGAGGCCUCCCGGGAAACCCUGCUUCAAGCCACCGAGCUGCUGAAGCUGAGGAAGCUGAGGAAGAAGCUGAAGAGCGGGCAGAUCUACAAGUUGGGCAAGUGCCUGCUGGCAGAGGACAGGAGCAGAAGAGAAGAUUACCUGUACCAGGCCCUGCCGUACCUGCAGAGCCCCCAGGAGUCCCUGCGAGAGGCGGCCGUCGUGUUUUUUGGUGAGCCACAAGCCCCGGGGGUCCCUCCCUGCCCCGCUGCAGCUUGGCCCCCGCCGCGGCGGCAGCACCGGCACCAGGAACGGGCCCUGUGUCUGCGGAGCCCCGAGCCCGUGACGAUGCGGGGCCCGCAGGGCUCCCUGCCACCCGCUCUCUCCCUCGCCCGUGGGCGGCACGAGGCGGGAACGUGGGCUGAGCCGUGCCGAGGGCAGGAGGGCGUGGAGCUGGGCUGGUGUGGGGCAGCUGUGCUGCUGGGGGCGACGGCAUUUGGGAUGGGCUCUGUGUUCCUAGGGCACCUUGGUCGGAGCGUGAGGGGACAGCCGGAAGAGCAGCAGACCGUCUACCAGGGUAGGUGAGGGGAGCAGGGCCUGGUGGGGAGGAGGAAGGAAGCUGGGCAGGGAGCUGCAAUCCCUGUCCCGUCUGGGAGGGCUCUGCUCCCUGUGCAGACGAGGGCCGGUGUGGGCAGAGAGAUUUCAGGGGCGCUUGGGGUGCGCGUGGCCAGCAGCAUCCACGUGAUCCCUUUGGCUCUUGCUGCGUUCCGGCCCCUGGAAGAGCUGGGCUGGGUGGCCCUGGCAGGAGGGUUUUCUGGGGGCCC